AUGCUUGUCCCGCUGGAAGAGCUGAUCGACUACACAUUCACGAAGAAGAUUCUCCUGAUUGAAUCGAUCACGCAUGCCUCCUUCACUGCCGGACAUGUGACUGGCUGCCUUGAACGUCUCGAAUUCUUAGGCGAUGCCAUUCUGGACGACAUUGUGGUGUCCCAUCUGUUUCCCCUUAACCUUUCGCACGACAGGAUGCAUCUCCUCAGGACUGCUUCGGUCAACGGCGAUCUUCUAGGUUUCCUUGCACUCGAGAGCCAUGCCGAGGAAGACGAGGUGAUCAUUGAUGUCGAUUUUUCUCCUUCUGAUACGGACCUCAAUCCUCAGAACCCUGCCGGGAUGGAACAGAAGCUCAAACGGACACGUCGGAAAAUCCCUCUUUGGAAGUUUAUGCGCCACUCCUCAAUAGAAGUUGUGCAGCAGCAGACCAAAGCUGCCGGCGCUCAUGCCGAUCUCCGAGGGCAGAUCAUUCACGCUCUGAGACAUGGGUCAAGCUACCCCUGGCCUCUUCUCGCUCGCUUACAUCCCGCGAAGUUCUUAUCCGAUAUGGUCGAAGCUGUACUGGGUGCCGUCUGGGUCGAUUCAGGGGACAUGAGCGCGUGCGUUCGUGUGACGGAACGACUAGGCAUUCUGCCGGUGCUGUCCCGACUGGCAAAGGACGACGUUCAUGUGCUGCAUCCGAAAUCAGAGCUGGGAGAGAUCGCUGGUCACCGGACAGUCAAAUAUCUCCUCACUUUGCCCGAGGACGCAGCCGGCCUGCAGAGUGCAAAAAUGAAAUAUACCUGCAAGGUCAUGAUCGGGGAUCGCUGUGUUGCAGAGGUGGAUGACGGGGUCGCUCGAGAUGAGGCCGAGACGAGAGCUGCAGAGAUUGCGGUACGGGUCUUGAAGGAUGAACAGGCUGACGCGAAACAAGCAGCAGAAUCCUAA